AUCAGUCUGGAUCCUGAAACUGCCCAUCCUGGAAUCAUCUUGUCCGAAGAUAUGAAAACAAUGAAAGGAAGUGAGUCAUGGAAGAAGUUGCAUUGUGCUAUGGAGAGGCCCACUCAAUGUGGCACUGUUCUAGCAACUCAGAGCUUUACAUCUGGAAGACAUUAUUGGGAGGUGACAGUAGGGAAAAGUUCUGCGUGGGAUGUUGGUCUUUGCAAGACCUCUAUAAGUAAAACUGGACAGGUUUCACCAUGUCCUUCCACUGGAUUCUGGCUUUUGAGUCGAAGACAAAAUAAUUAUAUAGUCUGCACUGAGCCUAGGAUCAUCAUUCCCUUAAAAGAGAAGCUCAACAAAGUGGGGAUCUUUUUGGAUUAUGAGGCAGAAGAAAUAGUGUUUUAUGAUGUAGACAACAGAUGCCAAAUCUAUACAUUCACCGGUUCCUUUUUAGAGCCUCUCUGGCCUAUAUUUUCCAUUGGCCUGUAUUCCAAGGAUGAAAAUCUUCUGACUAUUGACCCAAUAUCAGAUGAAGCUGAAGAGACCCCAGAGCGUGAUCAUGACUCUUGCUUGGAGAUUUCCUCCACUGGGGAACCCCAGUCUGUGACUCCCAUGUAAGAUCUUUUUGCUUUAUUAGGUAUUACCCUACUUUGGGAGUAAGGAUAAAUUUGUCUUAUUUUGAAAUAGUCAAGCAAUAUACUGCAUAUUAUUAGGGGGAGAUCUGCGUAAGAUAUAUUGAUGGUCCACUGAAGACUGAUGAAAUGUGUUCAAUAAACUAUGUGAGUUUAGAAAAUGCAAGAAUAAAAGUUGAUUUGUAAAAGAUGUGUGGAAAAAACAAUGACCUAUCAAAGAACCAAAAAUAAAUG